UUUUACGUGGUUAGCUUCAUUUGCUAAAAAACAUUGUUUUUUUUUUUUUUUUAAGGAAACCAAGGUUGUUGAGGUCUGGUGUGGGGAUAGCAGGUGGAAGGUUGCUGCCGGUUGCAGGACCCUCUGGAGCUGAAGAGCUGUGCCAUUCCUCCUUUUCUCCUCUCAUGUCCCCACGUAGCCAGCUCACUGCCAGCCCAAUGACUGCCUGGAUCGUCCUGCCUGUCAGCCUGUCUGCCUUCUCCAUCACAGGAAUAUGGAUCGUAUAUGCCAUGGCUGUGAUGAAUCACCACGUGUGUCCUGUGGAGAACUGGUCUUACAAUGUCACAUGCACAGAGGAGCUACUCCGACCAGGCUUCCCCAAGACGUGCUGCACCGUCCAGGACAUUCCCCUCAUCAGUAAAUGUGGCUCCUACCCUCCUGAAAGCUGCCUGUUCAGCCUGAUCGGCAACGUUGGAGCCUUCAUGGUGGUGAUGGUGUGCUAUCUGCGCUACGCCCAGGUCAUCGAGCACAGCCACCGGUGCUGGAUCAACACCAGCGCUCUGGUGUCCGGCUGCACCAACGCCAUCGGCCUGGUCAUGGUGGGAAACUUCCAGGUGGACCAUGCCAAAUCAGUUCACUACGUGGGCGCCGGGGUGGCGUUUCCAGCGGGGCUGCUGUUUGUGUGCCUGCAGUGUGUGCUCACCUAUCGGGUGGCUGUGACGGCGCUGGACUACUGGAUGGCUCACUUCCGGGUGGCUCUGGCGCUGGGAGCCAUGAUCUUUCUCGUCCUCAGCGGCAUCUUCUUCAUCCACGAGAGCUUCGUGCUGCAGCACGCCGCCGCCAUCUGCGAGUGGGUCUUCACCGUGGACAUCCUGGUCUUCUACGGCACCUUCACCUACGAGUUCGGCACCGUCACCAGCGAGACCAUGACGGCGGGGCUGCAGCAGAGCCACCAUCACGGCUCGGGCGUCAUCAUGGGCCCCCGGGCCCGCGGCGCCGCUCUGGGCGGCGCCACCAAGGGCCUGAAGUCCCCCGGGGGAAGCAGCACGUCCACACAUCUCAACUGCACCACAGAGAGCAUAGCCAUAUUGUAGCUCCAGCGUCACUGCAGAGGUGCAUUGUGGGCUCCCAUGUGGCAGCAGCCUGUUGGAGGAGAGUGAGUCCUGAUACGUUUGAUCAUCGAUCCAUCAGCAGCUAACUUCAUCGGUAAUGCUCCGCCAUCUUUGUUUCCACCCCCGGCGUCGGUGCGAGCGGCUGCGGCGCCGCGGUGCCAGAAAGGCGAAUGUUUUCUGAGAUGUUGACGCGCGCGGGUUUGCUUUAGAACGGAAUUGAGCGUUUAAACAGCUGUGGAAACAGGAAGUCCAGUUCUUCUGCUUCCCAGACUCUCACCUCCGAGGCUUUGUGUUGCCCACCUUUGGCCUUUUUCCAAAUCUCUGCACGGCACAUUUGUUUCUGAAUGAAAGAACCGUUUCUGUUGAAUUUUUGAGUUUGUGUAGUGGGUAGAAAAACACUGAAUGUUUAAAAAGUGAAUAGUUAAUGUAUGUUUUACGGGCUGUGAGCACAGCGGCCUCUCAAUCAAUUGAUCACACCUGAUCCGGAAAAAGAUCUGUAAACACGUUUGGUUUCACGUUGCUGUUUUUAUUUGGUUGCACUGAUAAUUCGAUGGUGAAUGCCGAUGGCGUUUAUUUCCAAAAUCAAAUGUAUCCUGAGCCACUGUCAUUCUCCAAAUCACAGCGACCGUGAAUGAUGAAUGGUCUUUUCUUUCAGUCACUUUAAGGCGGAGUCUUCUCCGUCGCUGCCAUUCCCCACCUGUCACUGCACGGCCUCUCCUCGUUCCUAACAUUUUCAUUUUAUGCUCUUUUUUUUUUUUUUUUAAUGUCACGUCCGAUGCAAUAAUUGCCAUCAAUCAUUGGAUGAUUUCCGCUCCGCUGGAGUGAACCUUGCCUUUUCUUUUUUUUUUCGUGUGUCCAGCGUGUCACAGUUGAACACAGGGCUCUUCUUGUUUUUAACGACAGUGAGACAUUUGAAUCUGAGAGGAAAACAAACUGAUCCCACUGACGCAUUAACUUCGGUCCGCACGUUGAUUUGAUUCCAGGCUGGACCCUUGGAAGCCUUAUCUGAGUUUAGAGUGUUGAAAAGCCUUCUCAGUACUUAAAGAUGUCACCUGAAAAGUGUUUCAACCAGAAGAUUUCAAACUGAUGACAAGGCCGUGUAUUUAGGAUCUCUUUUCUUUUCUUCUUUUAAAGGGCCCGUGUGUAAGAUUCUGUGAGGACAUUUUUAAUCACUUGAUUUUAGUUCUUUUAACAUAAAGCACAGCCUGUUUGUUGUGUAGAGGGAGUUUCUCAUCUUCAACUGCAGAAUUUGCAGUGAUAUUUUGGUUACCAGCAGGCUAAUAAGAGCUUUACAUGGAGAUGCUAAACUGUCUGUGCCAUGUUUACACACUGACAAACAGAGGAAACCUUUAGGAAUAUAUUAUCUGUACUCUGGAGGAGAGUUGCUUUUAUCUGCAGUUUGUAAGAAACUGUUACAAAUCGGAAAGUAUUGAUCAUGGCAAGCAAAUUUUAUGCCUUCCUUUAUUUAUUACUCAUACAAUAUGGACACUGGAAAAAAAAGAAAGAAAUAUUGAAACUUUGAAAACUUUUCUUUCCUUUGUUUAGAAUUAAAAAUCCAUCAAGUUAAAUUGUAAAUAAUAUCAAGUUCUGACCAGAUAUUUACCGGGUUGGAAAGAUCUGCACAAUGCAUCACUUUUAACAUCGGGAUCACAAAUAUCACCUGCUUCUAGGUUUUAGGACGGAGUCCUCCCACUCAACAAUCAUCUGUCUAUUGGUUUAUUUUUCAUGGCCUCCGCAGGUUUUCUUUUUUUCAUUUGGUGAAUGAAUCGGAGUCUUACACGCGGGUCCAGUGAGGACUGCCACACACACACACACCACUGCUCACAGUAAAGCCGACUGACAUCCCUAACGCACACACUCCCGGUGUUCUGCCUGUCUAAAAGCACUGGAUGCCAGCAAUACACACGUUACAAAAGGUCACGUCACCUACCUCUUUAUCUUUUAACGCGUUCAGUGUUUGGAAGUGACAGCUACGGUUUCACCACAGUGAUUUGAAGUAUUUAACACGGUGGGUCGGUCAGUGAUUUACAGAAGUCUCUUACAGGUUACACAAGAUGCAUAAUCAUCUUUUUUUGUUGUUUUUUUUUUAGUCCCAUUCUCUGUGGGAAUACAGCACUCCUGUUUUGUUCUGCAAAUCUUGCCAAAAAAAAAAAGACUGGACUGACAGGAGCUUUGAUUGUUUUCUUUCUGUCUGCCUGCAGCGGGUGUGUGUUUCAGUGUCCGGUUUGAGCCUUACCCCCCUUCGGUCUGCACCAGGGGAACUUUGUUUCGUUUUUUUUUUUUUUUAUGUUCAGCUGUAGCCGAAUUCACCAAACUGUAAGCGAGUCGCGAGACUCCAAAUGGCAGCUCAUCCGAGCCCUCACACCAGGGCCCAGCUCAACCUGUAACACCGUCAGACCAUCGUCCACAGGCCAAAUAUUACUUUCAAUGGUGGAUAUUUCAACGUGUCUUUUCUUUGUUUGGUUGCUUCUCUGUCAGAAUAUGCACUCCAGUGAGCCGUCCGGCGGGAUUUUUGUGGGAGAACAAAAUAAAAGUUAAAAAAAAAAUAAAAAAUAAGGCUGCCUGACCUGUACAUGUCUCUACAACACAGAAACCAAUGUCAAUAAAAUGUACUGGUUGGAUUUCUUUGUUUUUAAAUUUAUUUGAAAAAUGUGUAAAAGAAUGAAAACGGAGGAGAAAUCCCUGGGGAAAAAAAAAAAUCUAGUCGACACAAAUGAUUCUGUUUCCUUUUAUAAAUUGUGUAAAUAUGUAUGAUUUGUCUAUCAGUUAGGUAUUUUCUUUUGACAGAGAUUUAUAUUCAAAUAUGGAAUAAAAAUGAUAAAUUAUU